AUGAUACGACCAGCGGGGGAAAGCCGGUUGCCUAUACCGGGUCAUGCUUUAGCAUCUCCCAUUAUUAUCAAGGUUGGCGACACCUGCUACGCGACCCGGAUCGAGACAUUGACUGGGAGAAGUAACUACUUCAAGGCUUUUUUCUCCAAGUCGUGGCCCGGUGACAAGCAAGAAAACCGCUCUAUCCAUAUCGAAGGAGACCCUUACCUUUUCGACUAUAUUAUUGAAUAUCUUCGUCGGGGCACAUUCCCCCUCGAUUUCAACCCGACCCGCGGCCAUAACUAUGGAUUAUACGCUAGACUACUACAAGAAGCAAAGUAUUUCCAGUGUCCUCACUUGUUUACUUUCCUAGAGGAUCAAUGCUUCCAGAAAUGUGUUACAUGGGAGAUAACGAACGAAAUAUACGAUUGCCAGACGAUGGGCUCUCUGUACGAUGAUACCGACAUUGUCGAUGUACAGUUUGUUCGCACGAAAGAAACUGAAGUGAAGACCUGCCUCUGUCCACGUAGAAUUAAGCCACACUAUGGCAAACCUGAAUUCUGCGGUCGUCAAUGCAAAAAGGUUCUUGCGGACUUCGGGUAUGAGAAUGACAUCCACACUAUACCAGAGUAUGCUAUUGUCAAAAGGAAGCUCAAGUUCAAUCUUGAAUGGAUAUCUGACGACGGGCAAGAAUUUAUUAACCAUCUCCAGGAGAAAAAAGCCUACGAUGAAUCCGGAAGUAGUUGCACUGCCUCGGGAAAUGAAGGCAACCUGGAGUUGAAUGUAAACGCCACUCCUCUUAACCAUCAUCCAGGAGAAGGACCAAUCCUUAAUGGUAACGAAGACCUAGCCACAGAUUCUGAUUCGGGAGAAGAAAUUUCACCACCCAUAUCCCCAAUGAGUGGCAUAUCCCGCCCGUUGGGCGACCACCAGGCCCAUUCUGGUAGCUAG